UCAGUUGCAUUUUAGUCUCAGUCAGAUUAACAGAUCUACACGAUGAAGCCGGUACUGUGCAGUUUUGUUCUUGUGGCGGUUGUUUGUUGUCUUGUUCAAAGUGCUCCCACAGAAAGAAGUGUCAAAGUUAAAAACGCCGAGCUCAAGGUGGUGGAUCAGUCUAACAACCACGACCCGGAAGAGUUCAACUGGAGCUACGAGCUAAGUGACGGUCGGGAAUUGCGUCAAAAUGCGUUCUGGAACACCAAACCGGACGGAACGAGGUACCUGCAAGUCAACGGACUCUACAGCUACGUUGGCCCAGACGGAGUCAAGUACACGGUCAGCUACUUUGCCGACGAGACUGGCUAUCAUCCGACCGUGAUUGUUGGUGAUCAGCCGUUGUAUCCCGAAGGACCGCAGGACAUUGAUCCGAAAGUGCUAGCAUCGCUGCUGGGAUGAAUGAGUUGGGAUGUUCUGGUCGGAAGGGAUUUUGUGACGUAUCUUUUUGAAAGACAAAAUUAAAACCAAAAUUGAUAACUUUA